GGUAGUUAUAGCUGUAUUUGGUGCAACUUUCAGUCGAGAUACGGCAAUAAUCACCGGGCGUUCUAUUCGGGUGAAGACGGUAGUCUUGGCAAGUCCAAUGACUCAGGGCGAUGGCGUGCCUGCUACGUCUCUCUCCUUGAUAUUGCCGACCGAGAAUCUGGUGGAGCAGGAGAAGGGGGAGGGAGAAGUAGGCAAAGCUGCAGCUGACGACGAAGAAGCUGGAGUUCCACGUCGAGGAGGAGGAGGAGGAGGAGGAGGAGGAGGAGGAGAGGCGAAGGAGAGCGAUCCAUUGCUCUCUCUUUCUCCUUCGUCACUUGAGCUCGAAUCGGGAUCCCAUCGUGGAUUCUUGUCGGUCUACAUCGACAGCCUAACGUCUGAUUACGGCUUGACACGUGUCGUCUCAGGGUUGCGUAGAAUAUCCAAUCACGUGCACUGGGAAACCAUCGGGCUUAUCAUUCUUGGCUUGAUCUUGUUAGUCUCGUUUGCGAUUCUUUAUCAGAGAGGGGGAGGUAUGUCUCCCACACAGAAUAACGACGAUGAGGGAUGGUGGGGUCCUCUUUGUGAUGACUGCUUUGCUGACGACAGCGAGUUGGAAGAGGAGGUGGGGAGCGGAGGCGACGGCGGAGGAGGUGGAGGUGGAGGUGGAGAAGAGGGAGAUGUAGCUGACAUUAGGAGUGUUGUCCAUUGGAAGCCCGACUUGACGAAAGGAAUGGAUGUGUUUGAGUGGGUGACUCAUCCACCUCCUCGGCUGCCGAGAAGGCGCCACGUGUUCACGCUCUCGGAUUUUGGGGGGGUCGGAGAUGGAUUGACAGGGAAUACACAGGCGUUCGAGCUAGCGAUGGAGGCUAUCAAGAAGGUCUCAAAAUACGGAGGAGCAGAACUCCACGUAGAAGCAGGGGAUUGGCUUACGGGUCCGAUCAGCCUAACCUCACACAUGACAUUAUACGUCGAAGCUGGAGCAAGAAUACUGGGCAGCAAGGAUAUUUCUCACUACCCUCUUGUUGAUCCCUGGCCAUCAUAUGGCUCGGGUCGCAAUUCGCCUGGCCCUCGACACUUGGGCCUUAUUUAUGGGGAUGACGUUGUGGAUGUGGUUCUUACAGGAGAGGGAACAAUUGACGGGCAGGGCAAUUGGGUGUGGAAGCUGGUAGAAGAGAAGAAGUUCAAUUACACUCCAGGGUGUAUGAUAGAGUUCAUGUGGUCGAAGCGGAUCGUCAUCUCAGGAUUGAAACUUGUCAAUUCUGCUUUCUGGAACGUUCAUCUUCUUUAUUGUGACCAAGUUCACAUUCAUGGGCUGGAGAUAAAGGCCCCCCUUGGGUCACAUAACACAGAUGGAAUUGAUAUUGAUUCCAGCAAGAAGGUCCUUGUAGAGGAUUGUGAUAUCAGCACUGGGGAUGAUGCAAUUUGCAUUAAAAGCGGCUGGGAUCAGUACGGCAAGAAGAUGGGCAUUCCUGCUGAGAACAUCUGCAUUCGUUCCAUUGUUGUUGGUUUGAGUCAUGGCGUUUCCAUUGGGAGUGAAAUCUCAGGAGGAGUGCGAAAGGUGCGGAUUGAUGGGAUCAGGUUCAAUGGAUCAGAAAGGGCAUUCCGCGUGAAGACGACGGCUGGCCGCGGGGCGUAUGUCCAUGACAUCACCGUUAAAAACAUUUAUAUAUCUGGGGGCUUGCGCGACGCCAUCGAAUUCUUCAGCGAUUACCGAUCUGGCAGCUUCACGCAUCCAGAUGAUGGAUACGAUCCCACUGCGUAUACAGACAUCCAAGACAUUGUCAUCAAGCGAUUUGUCGGAGUCGAUUGCGACGGAGCAGGCGUUUUCGAAGGUACAGCAAACUCAUCGAUCAACGCCAUCCACUUGAAAGACGUCUUUUUCCACAAUUGGAAGAAAUCUUCCCCGUACACAUGUUAUAAUGUCACUGGCACUCAAAGAAAUGUAUCGCCGCCAGCCCCCCUCAAUUGUUUCCAUGUGUCUUAAAACCUAACUCCUGAUGCAGCCACAAUCGGGGGAUUUUCGGGGACAGCGGUGUAUCGCCGCCAGCCCCCCUCAAUUGUUUCCCUGUGUCUUAAAACCUAACUCCUGAUGCAGCCACAAUCGGGGGAUUUUCGGGGACAGCGGGGAUGUCCUUCCGGAUGCAAGGAAGAGAAUCUUGAACGCCAGGUGGGAAGUUUUUUCUUCUGCGGCUACUGCACGCUCUUAUGUGUUUUUAACUUUUUAGUGGUUUACGUCAGCUAGAUUUGUUUUCCGUCUCAUUUCUGUAUGUUUGUUUGACCGGGCUUCAAGUUCAGAUGGGAGACGACAGAACUCCGUACACCGCAUACUACCCUUAAGGCUGUAUCGAUUCACGUAAAUUCUUCGUGAAAAUACAGGCAUGAGUAAGCAUGACGUAUGCCUGUAUUUGGCAUCAAGGGUGACAUAUGGGCCAAGCAGAUUGCCAGUGUCGGCUACAGGGUGUGUAGUCAGAUGGGGGCCCCUGCAGAAAAAUUGUGGACGGGGGGGCCUGGGGGUCUGGGGCCCUGGAGCUGGUAGGGGUUGAUAACCCCCUGAGGUCAGUUUACGUACCUUCCUUCAGGCGGACACCAUUUUGUGGGAUGCAUACAUAUGCUGUGACAACAUUUUGUGGGAUGCAUACAUAAUACAUAUGCUGUGUAGCAUUUCUUUUAUCGUCAGCUUGUCCGAGGGCGAACCUUACGACAUCAUCUUUCUGACCACGUGGACGUUUCAAAGCAUGGAUUCGAUUUUCAUCAUUAUCAAAUUGACAUUCGGAGCAAUCUUUCCCCCCGCCUCCCCCUUCGUUUUAAAACGGCGACAGCCUCGAGGUAUAUCAUCAUCGACGGACUGACCCAAGGUAAUUGAGAAGAGUAGUAUUUUAUACUCAUCUGUGUCCAGUGGAGUUCGAACUCAGCACCUGGUCUGUAUUUCAACAAUUCAGGCCAGGGGGGGUGUACCAACUGUUCUAGGCCAGUUGGUGACAGCUUGGGCCCUUUGGGGCAUUCAAAUAGGGGACUCUGACCCAGAUUAUCGUUGACGAUCCAACAGGGCCCACUGUCCCACAUCAGCACUCAGCAUAUUUAUUUAAAUAUUUUUAUGUAUUAUUUAAAAAAGGGCAAUGGCCUUGAGAAAAGUUGAGAUCCCAUUGUGAGACCGACCCCCCCCAGGUAAUUCAGAAUUGUGAUCUAGUUCCCCCUGGACUUGAAUUCAUGUCUGCAUUUCAAGUUUCAACAGUUAACGACGAUGAUGAUGGAUCCGACAGGGUCACCAUUGUCACCAUCAGCACGCAGAAUCUCUAGUUUUCUAAAAAGGGUGAUGGCCUUGAGAUAUCCGUGGCAAACCAACCGAACCGAGGAAAUUCAGAAUUGUGCUCUAGUUCUGCCUGGGUUCGAACUCAGGUCUGUUCAACAGUUAUGGGUGUACCAACUUAGCUAGGCCCAUUGUUACAGUACCCGCGGCAUCGGUUGUUCUCCAGUGUGAGGCGCUCGCUGUGUACACGAGUGCCAAUCCGUAAUCCCGGCGUGGUGUUGUUUAAGGGAUUGACAACAAGCCUAUGGAUGUGCUGCUGCCAUGACAGAGGUCAAUCGGCUUUUGAAGUUUUGAUGCCAGUUAGUGUGCAUCAUCACUUUUGCCCAAUUGCCUGUGAAUUGGAGUUACGACUGUUAGAUGAAAUAUGAUGAUGAAUGAUGAAGUUUCGAGUCCGUUCCGUUCAAUGUUAUAGACUGUUUGUGCAGCUUAUGCUGGCCUCAGAGGUGUGAGUUUUCUGUUUGUUGGCCCCCGGCGUGUGCUGUGGCCCUUGUUUUUGGCAAUGUCGAUGACUGACCAUCUAUUUGUAGACUCAAGAUUUAGACUCUCUGUGCACGCCUUAUGUGGAGUUUCUGUGCAGCUUAUGCGGAAUCUUUGUGUAGCUUGUGCGGAGUCUUUGUGUAGCUUAUGCCGAUUCUCUUUGCAGCUUACGCGGGCCUCAGAGCCUCUGCCCCAUUUAUUUGUAGACUCUAGGCUUAAGACUGUUUGUGCAGCUGGCUCACGCGCAUCGGCGGUGUGUACCUCCUGUUGGGCCCUGACGUGGUCUGUCGAGUCUCUGUUGAGUUUUUUGGUGGCACUGGCAAGAUGCCCAUCUAUUUUUAGACUCUAAGUUUUCCCAUCUAUUUUUAGACGCACGGUUUGCAAGACUACCACUAUUGUUGACUUUCUGUUGACUGUUUUGGCAGCAUCGGCAGGAUGCCAUCUAUUUUUAGACUCAAAGUUUGCCCAUCUAUUUUUAGUCUUUUAGACUCAAGGUUUGCAAGACUACAACUAUUGUGAGGAGCUGGGAAUCUUCUUGCCUACAUUUUUUCACCCGUGCAGUUCCAGCUGGGUUCGGACUCAGGUCAUCAAUUGAAGAGGUCAUCAGUGUAGCGACUGAGCUGUGACGGCUGGGCUCGUCUGCAAUUGUAUUUCAACAGUUCAUGGGUGUACCAACUGAGCAAGGAACCAACCUUCUCCAGCUGAGUUCGAACUCUCAGGUCUGCUGCGAUUGAAAAGGUAGUCGGUGGCGUGCCGACUUGGUUACUUCGUCUGCAUUUUGAGGUACGAUUCUUUUUCUGUUUUUUGCAUCCCAGUUAGCCACAGCAGCAAAGUUAAAGGGUGACAGAUUGUAGAUAUCAUCAGUGAACUGACCCGCCCCAGGUACUCGAGGUAUUUUCAUUCAUACAGUCCGAGAUUUGAGAUUGAACUGGCGCCGCUGCCACUUCAGAGCCUCCCAUGUGCUGCGGCUUUUCUAGGGUUUCUUAUCCCUGUGGAUUCGAACUCAGGUCUGUCUGUGGCUCAACUUUCAACAUUUGACGAGUGUACCAACCGGGCUUGGCCCCCUCAUGGUUUAGCCCCCUUGAUUCUAUUUGCAGUUGUUUCAUAGUUUCGGAAGGUAAGUGGAUUAAAACACAAUAGGGGUCUGGGCGGUGGGUACGUGAAUAAAACACGAUAGGGGUCUGGGUCUGCACCGAUCCAUGGGCUUGUCUGACUGACUGAGUGUUCUCUAACCACGGUGACGUUGGCAGUUGAAGUUGAGUCGGAAAGGUCCUUACUCCGAAUAUGGCGUAUGGUCUUUACGCCAAUUCCCACUGGUUGGGGAGAGUAAAAGGGGUUGUGGCUAUCUGCAAAUAUAGAAGGGAGGCUGUCAAAUGCUAUUAUUAGAAGGUGCGCUUUGUUUCCAACACGCACAUGACGUGGAGCUGUCGCAAGGGACCUCGAGCAUCCACAUCCAAAAGCUUAGUAGGUGGUUUUUUGCGCGAUUUUUGUAUGUUCAAUCUCAAUUUCAAAAUAAAAAUGCUGUUUCAGA